AUGCCAGCUUUAGCCAGCGCACCUGCCAUGCCCGCAGCAAGGGCGCCUUUUGGACAGCCUCGCGUAUACGACAAUGAAGCUUAUGCGAUCGCCUCGACGUCACGUCGACAGCUGAUUUCGCCAUCGGAAAUCGCAAGAUUAGAUGACAGAAGGUGGGCAGUGGGCAGCAACUCUCCAGUAUUGCAAGCUUCGGCGAGCGGAAGCAGCGCGAGAGUCGUAGCGGAUUCGUCUGGUCAUUUCAAUGGUAGCUGCAAAGCUGGGCCUCAGACUUCAGCUGGGGACACCUUGCCUCCAAACGCAGGUCAAGGGGCGUGCGUCAGCUUGUGAGUUAGCAAGGCUAUUGCUGAUGCAUGUGUCGAGACAAACACGGGGCAAUGAGGGGGAAGGGCAGGCUCUUUUUCUUUUCCAUCAGAUGUAGGAGUCGAGCAUGACUGGCGCACGCUGCUGACUUGUCUUGGUGACGCAUACACGACGUCUCCCCGCAGCAUCCCAGAUAUCACCUCUUACUGCUGCAUAGCAGUGGGCGGCACAGAAGUCAAUGUGACAAGCCCAGCCCCGACCUCAGACAAUGCUGCUCCUGAGGAAGUAUGGGCGCCCGAGUGCCGAACGACCAACUAUGCAGAUAGUGAGUCAGACUUUGUACCUGAAUUCCAUCGGCGGCCAAUAAUAUCUUACACCUCCUUUGCUUUGCAGUGCUGGAUUGCUACAUGGUCACAGUGGAGGAUCACUGCGCUCGAGAAUCAGUUGGUCCCUUUGGCUUUUGCAAUCCCGGCGAGGCAGCAGAUACGAGCUAUUCCAUCAACCACAGUAGCUCGGCCGCACCCAGUUUGGGCAUGGCUUUGAGGAGGCCUAGACUCUACCGAGACUUUUCCACUCUGACGCGGUGCAAGAUGUUGCUCGCUGAGCCCCUCUCGCUGAUCUUCUUGACGACAGUGUUGACAAGCGCUGCGACCUCCUUCUUUUGA